GUACAUGGUUUCAUAUACGGGUGGAUCCUCUGGAAAGAGACAUUAGGCUCAGGCAGACAUCACGCUGGGUCCAGCUGUGUGUGUGUGUGUUAUGCGCAUUCGCUGGAUAUUAAUGUAUUGCUGUGUAUAUGAACAGAAAGUGUAAAGAAUAGAUCAUCAUGUGGUUCACGCGGACGUUCACCAGACUUCGUGGAUGUGUACGUCCGGGAGCGCGUGGCAGUCACGCAGAGAGCGCGAGCGGAAAGGCAUGCAGCUAUCAGCUGUUGCACGACUGCAUGGAGCUGAAGUAUGGUGGUCUUGCCAUGCGCUUUGAUUACGUGUGGCUGAGAGAUCACUGCCGUUCAGCUUCAUGCUUUAACUCAAAGACAAACCAGCGGAACCUGGACACUGCCAGCAUUGAGCUGAACAUCAGACCCUCAAAGAGCAGAGUGGACGAACAGCACCUCUACCUCACAUGGCCGGACGGUCAUGUGACACGAUACAGUUUGUCGUGGCUCGCUCAGAACAGCUACGAGGGCCAGAAGAGAAGUGAGGUGCAACCUCGUAUUCUGUGGAACUCAAACAUCUACUCAUCAGCUCAAGUUCCCUCUGCCCGCUGGGAAAAGUUCAUGAGCUGUGAGGAAGAGCUGAAGAUCUUCCUCAAUCAUUUACUGCUGUAUGGCAUCGCUUUUGUGGAAGACGUGCCGGCGACCCUAGAGGCAACAGAAACAGUCACCCAAAGAGUGAGCCUGAUCAGAGAGACCAUGUAUGGACGGAUGUGGAAUUUCACGUCUGAUUUUUCUCGAGGAGAUACAGCGUACACAAAGCUGGCACUGGACCGCCACACAGAUACGUCAUAUUUCCAGGAGCCCUGCGGCGUUCAGGUGUUUCACUGUUUGAGACACGAGGGCACGGGCGGCAGAACGCUGCUGGUGGACGGUUUUCACGCUGCUGACCGAGUUCUCCGGCAAACACCCGAGAACUUUGAGCUGCUGUCUCGCGUGCCCAUAAAACACGAAUACAUCGAGAAGCUCAGUGAGCAUCGAAACCACAUGAUCGGCAUGGGCCCGGUGCUCAACGUCUAUCCCUGGAACAAUGAGGUUUACAUGAUUCGGUAUAAUAACUACGACCGCUCUGCCAUUAACACGGUUCCUCAUGACGUGGUUCAGCGCUGGUACGCGGCUCACAGACAUCUGACCACAGAACUGAGAAGAGCAGAGAAUGAAAUGUGGGUCAAACUCAAACCAGGCAAAGUUGUGUUCAUUGAUAACUGGCGUGUGCUGCACGGCAGAGAGUCUUUCACGGGUCUGCGGCAGUUGUGAGGCUGUUAUCUGACACGGGAUGAUGUGCUGAACACCGCUCGCUCUCUGGGCCUUCAGGCCUAAGUGCACAAACACCUAAAACACCCACAAUCCAUCAGCACAACAAACCAUUUCUUUCCCAACACAAGUCUACAGAAUUUGCAAUAUUUACAGGACUUGUUUGUCUGUCUAUAGACAUUUGGAGAUGGUUUCACAGACGAGGAUUAGACCAGUUUAGUUUGGAACGGGGCAGGAAAAUUGCAUUUAAAACGGCUAAUGUGGAAGCUGUCUUGCGAGUCUGUGUGCACACCUGAAGGAGGUUGCACUGGAACUGUGGCGUGUGAAAGCAACACGGACCCGUGUGCGCACCUCUUCAGGAAGUAAAGUGACCUGUGCAUGCCUUUAACUGAUUAGGAUGGAUUUAAGAGAUGAUAGCGUUGAUGAUUUAUCUUAGAUUCGAGCGAGAGUGAGCCUGAGUUGAACAGUAAUAUGCCAUUUCCUGAAAACAGUCUGUUUGCAUCAGCAGAAACACAGUAAACCCAAGUGUUGUUUCCUCUGAUGCGCAUAAUAGCGCCAAAUUAAUAAAAGACACAAAAUAUAGACCUACUUUGCGUUUUCUAUCAUGCGCCGUGAACAUUUUUGAUGACAUGCAGAUGAAGAUGAAUGCAAACGCACCAGGGUUAACACUCGGAUUCGUCUGAAAACCACCUUAGGACAUUUAAAGUGACAGUUCACCCAAAAACAGAAUGAUGUCAUCAUUUAUUCACCCUCAUGUCAUGUCAGUCUUGUAUGAGUUUCAUUAUUCUUCAGAACACAAAAGAAGAUUUUUUCAAGAAUGUUGAACAACACUGAACCCCAUUGACUUCCAUUGUAUGAACACAAAACAUUUAUCAAAAUGUCUUUUUUUGGAGGGGCAAAUAAAUGAUCACAGAAGUUUUAUUUUUGGGUGAACUAUCUCUUUAAGUAGCUUUUAUAACCAUAUUGUGUGCCUUAGUAAAAAAAUCAUGACUGGCGAGAAAAAGCACUGAGACACAGAUAUCUGCCUCUGCCAGCAUGUUGAAAAGAAUGAGUUUUUUGAAGCAGUGUAAAUGUUCUAAGAAAGACCAAAUCAUAGUCAUGAAGGUUUUUACAUGUUUUAUUGUGUAGAAAUGAGGAAAGACAAUGCAAUAGAAAUGUAGAAUGUUAUUACUGAUUGAAUUCACACUGAUGUUAUUAUAUUCUGUAAGGAAAUACAGAAUCAGAAAAGAUUUUGUUUCCCAGAAAUGAUGUCUGAUCCAGGAAAGUGUGUGAAAUGAUGGGGAAGUGCAGGAUUUGUGUCAUCAUAUAUCAGUAAUGAUGGCUUUAAGAUAUGUACGAUACUUCAUCCAUCAGCAGGAGAUCAUUUAUAUUCUUUUUGUUUAUAUAUGCGUAGCAUUUUACAUUUUUAUAAUCAUCUCAAAUAAGUGUUUGCACAACAAAUACCAAUGGUUACCUCCAGCAAAUAAAUACUGU